AUGGCUCAACCCGUCGCGCUUUCAACGCAGCAUCACGAUGUUGAUGAUGCCAAAAUCCUCAACGAAGAGGUUGAGCAGCAGCUCACGACCAAGGAAAAUGUUCCUGCCGGCCUCGUGGAUGACAUGACUCCAGAAGAGGCACUUCUCAGCCGUCGCAUCAACCGUAAGAUGGAUGUUGCGAUGCUGCCCAUGCUCUCUCUGCUUUACCUCUUCAACGGACUCGACAAAGGCAACAUUGGCAAUGCAGAGACUCAAGGUUUCACCAAGGAUAUUGGAGCUGCACCAUCUGACCUCAACCUCUCCGUGUCUCUUUUCUUCAUCACCUUUGUGUUAUUCCAACCUCCCUCUGCUGCACUUGGCCGCAUCAUCGGGCCAAAGCAUUGGAUUCCCUUCAUGACGGUAUGGUUCCUACAAUACUCGCUUAACCUUGACACAACGCUGAAGGAGUCUUUGCAGUUUGCCUGGGGCGCCGUAACUAUUGGACAAGCCUUCAUCAAGGGUCGUGGCGCACUCAUUGCGAUGCGGCUUGUAAUCGGAGUCUUUGAGGCUGGCUUCUACCCGACAUGCGUGUCAUACCUCUCCUUCUUCUAUACCAGAUUCGACCUCGCUAUUCGGAUAGCCAUCUUCUAUGGGCAAUAUGCGAUCGCAGGUGCAUUUGCCGGUGCCAUUUCCUUUGGCAUCUUCCACCUCAAGUCCGGGUCCCUCCGAAACUGGCAAUACCUAUUCAUCAUUGAAGGCGUCUUGACCUGCGCUGUCGCAAUCAUAGCCUGGUUCAUGCUCCCCGCUGGCCCAGGAUCCGCGUGGUUUCUUACUGCCGAGGAGCGCAAGUUUGCUACCGAGCGCAUGCAGCGAGACACUGCCCUGUACAUCCGCCACGAAUACGGCGAAGACGGCUUGGAGCAGGACCGACUCACCAGGCGAGACAUCGUCGAGGCGCUCAAGGACUGGAAGCUGUGGUUCGUCCUCGUCUUCAACAUCUGCGCCAGUGUACCCACGCAAGCCUUCAGCGUAUUUAUGCCUUUGGUCGUGCAGGGCUUGGGGUACUCGAGCAUCGAGGCCAACUUGAUGACGAUCCCCCCAUAUGUUUGCGGCGCUGUUGGGCUGUUCCUUUUUGCCUGGAGUUCUGACAAAAGGAUGGAGAGAGGCUUCCAUAUCAUCGCAGGUAUAGGCAUUGGAGUUAUCGGUCUCAUCAUUGCGGCGACGGUCAACGCAAAUGGUGCCAAAUAUGCAGGCUUAUGCAUCUUGCUUUUCGGUUGCUACGUCUCUGCGCCUCUGACGGUUGCCUGGCUGAGCGGGAACACACCAGAACCCGGAAAGAGGACGAUUAUUCUGGGCAUCAACGGAUUUGGCAACCUUGCCGGUGUUAUAGGCUCCCAGGUGUACGACGCAAAGUACGGGCCUUCGUACCGUGUCUCGUUCUUCAUCACUCUGGGGAUCGCCAUCGUCUCACUUCUGGGGUACAUCAGCUACCGCUUUACGCUUGCUGCCGUCAACCGCCGCAAGAGAAGAAUCUUGUCGCAAAUGACGCCCGAAGAGAUUGCCAGCGAGCGGAUUGAUAACACGAGGUACGCUGACCGCAAGAGGACAUUUAUUUACGGGCUGUAG